AUGCCAAGGCAGAAUCGGGUUGUGGAGGGUUUGAUUCCCGGAUCCUGCAAGAUCCGAAAGAGAGGUUGCUCUUCGUCUUCGUCUUCGUCCUCUGUGUUGCAGAAUUACCAAUUCAAGCGGGCCAUUUUGGUGGGUAAGCCUCCGGGAUCCAGAUCGAGCACUUCGGUUCCGUCUUGGAGGACGACGGUCGCGGCUUUGGAUUCUCGCAAGUACGCGCCGUCGCAGAGCGGUGGUGGGAGGUCGAGGCCAGUGUCUGCGAGGAAGCUGGCGGCAAUGCUGUGGGAGAUGAAUGAGGUUCCGUCGCCUAGGGUUGGGGACAAUUUGGAAGAGAAGAAAGCGAUCAAGAGAGAGAUGAGAGUUAGAGAGAGAAUGGAGGUGCCGAGAUCUGUGCAUUCGGGUUCUCUACCUCCGCAUUUGUCUGAUCCAUCUCACAGUCCUGUUUCAGAGGGCAGUAGCAAUUGGAAGUGUUUGAUGUUACAUUCCUUAGAAACGUUGACUUGGUGGGAGCGACUAGGGGAUAUUAUUAUGCUUCCAAUGACAUCCUUCAAGGAUCCAGCAUGGGAUUCAGUUGGAGCUGAGCUUUGGCCUAUUGUUGCCAAAUCACUUGGUGCCCAGAGACUUGCUCGGCAGGGCCGAGUUGCUCCAACUGGAACUAGGGACAGUUCUUUGGAGAUUCUUGUGGGAGAUAAUGGCUGGGUUGACCAUUGGGAAAAUGGAAUUCUCUAUUCCUUUGAUUCAACCAAGUGCAUGUUCUCCUGGGGCAAUCUUUCUGAGAAGCUUAGGAUGGCCCGUCUUGACUGUAGAGAUGAAGUUAUUGUGGUAUUAGAUUCUGUCCUUGUCACGAUUGAUCGCCAUGAAUGGUAUGCCCCUCCUCAGAUUUACACGCGCAAUGACAGUACUGGUUUAUGGAAAAUAAAGCCUGCUUUGCCACCUGAAUCUCCAUUCUUGUCCCUUGGCAUGAAUAAGGCCGAAAAAGCUCUUGCAAAACAUACAGCUCCAUUAGAUGCUGAUGGUUCCCCUAGUAUCGAAACUAGUUCUGAAUAUGUUGCUGUGGGAUUACAUUCUCAUGAUGACUCUGACGUUGGAACCAAAAAACGGCAAGUAGAAGAGGAUUCAUCUGCUGAUAGCAUUGUUAUCGCUAACUGUUCCUUACAUGAGCCUAGAGAAGAAAAGUUGGAGGACUCGACAAACUCAGAAAAUGCUUUCCUGGAAGAUUGUCAAGGUGUAUCAGUCACAACAGCUAAUGCUUCAGUAGCUGAGUGUGUUAUAGAACCUACUCUUGUGAUGUUUGAGGUUCAUGUACCACCAUCAUGCAUGGUUGAUGGUGUGCGCUCGCAACAUUUUUUAGGAACUGGUGUUAUUAUAUAUCAUUCUCAUAACAUGGGAUUGGUUGCUGUUGACAAAAACACAGUUGUGAUAUCUGUGUCUGAUGUGAUGCUCUCUUUUGCUGCCUUUCCAAUUGAAAUCCCUGGGGAGUUGUUCUUCUUGAUAAGUUUGUCUUGGCGUCAUCUGAUUUGGGUUUCAGAUUUUGGUAGUACAUUUUCGGGUGUGCUAACCGAUGAGCAUGGCAGGGUUCAGGCUCUAUGGGGAAGCUUUUCCACACAGCUGAAAUAUAGAAGUAGUUCAUCAGAAGAUCAUCAAUUUGCCCGAGGCAUUCCAAUUUACACAAUCAGCCAAGUCCUUGACAAAAUAAUAUCUGGUGCAAAUGGACCAAAGCUUCUCAUAAAUGGUGUCAGAAGGCCAAUGCCACUUGUAAGGAUUUUAGAGGUUGAACUUUAUCCAACUUUGCUUUCCAAGGCACGUAGUUUUGGACUGAGUGACAAAUGGAUCCAGGUACACUCCCUGAUAUGAAUUUCUUUUUUCUAU